GUUUUGUAAACAACAUGCACUUGUGACGCAAUCAUCAAAACAUAUUUUGUUAAUCUGCUUGUCAAACUGAAUUUGUUUUGUGUCAGAAACAGAUUUUUGUAUAUACAUUAGAAAAAAAAAACACAUUCCUUAUUACAAACAGGCAUGAAACAGACCGCACUCUUUUAUUACCAGACGUAACAUUUUGUUAAAGAUAAAAUAAAACUUUUCCCCAUAUUAACCGUUUUAUUAUUUUGCCUAUAAGAUGGAAAUUCAUCAACAAAUGUCAAGAAAUCCAGCAACGUUUUGUAAUUGGUGUUCAGGAAUCGGAAACAGCGUUUGUAAUCGCUGUAAAAAAGCUUAUUAUUGCUGUCGGGAUCACCAAAUAAAACACUGGCCUACUCACAAAAAGGAAUGUAAACAGCAAAAUAUACCACAAGCUACUCAGAUAUCUCUAAAUACACCGAUUUCUACCAAUCAAGAAUCUAGUAAUUUCUCAGCGUAUGGUGAUUGGAGUCAAAAUACGUAUGAAAAUUUUAAUCAGGUUAUAGUGCCAGAAAAUGAUUACAGUGCAAGUGCUUCAAAUAUGGUUUCAAGUUCUGAUGAAAGUUUAAGUUUUAAUUCAUCUUCUGAAAGAGAUGUAUUUUCGUCACUCAGCAGCGACUUAUUUAAUUCUGAAAAUAGUUUUUGGGAUGUAAUUAACACUGGUGAUGCCCAAAACUUAUCUGACCUUAGAACUGACCUUGAAAAGGAACGUGCCAUAGCCAAAAUUUCUGAAGCCUUGCAAACUGGAGCACCUACUCCUACUAUUAGUGAAUUGAAUGAUAGUUGGUUGAAAGAUGCUCAUGAUUUUAAUCAAUCAGAAAGCAUGCCCUUGAAGGCCAUAUGUUCAAAUGUCAUAAGUGACAUGAAUAAAUAUGGUAUAUGUGUAUUGGAUAAAUUUAUGGGUGACAAGCUUGGUAACAGAAUUCUCAGUGAGGUUAAACAUUUGUAUGCGCAGGGUAUAUUUGAGAAAGGUGAACUUAUAAAUAAAAAUACAGUUUUGGUGAAAGAAAAUAUUCGAAGGGAUGUUACCGCAUGGGUUGCUGGUACGGAACCUGGUUGCGCAGCUAUUUAUAGCUUAAUGCAAAAACUUGAUCUUGCUAUUACUACUUGCAAUAAAAUGCCAAACAAUGGGGUGAUAUCCAAUUAUAAGUUGCACCGAAGAACAAAGGCAAUGAUAGCAUGUUAUCCUGGGAAUGGGACAUUUUACAAAAAACAUGUUGAUAAUCCUCUUAAAGAUGGCAGAUGUGUCACUUGUAUUUAUUAUCUGAAUCAAAACUGGGAUGUAAAAAAACAUGGAGGACUUUUAAGAUUGUAUCCAACAGCUUAUAAUGACCAAGUUUCUGUCAUUGAACCUAUAUUUGAUCGAAUGAUAUUUUUCUGGUCUGAUAGGAGGAAUCCUCAUGAAGUUUUACCUGCUUUUGCAACAAGGUUUGCUAUCACUGUGUGGUACUUCGAUGCUGAUGAAAGAUCUCUCUUUUUAAAUCGAGGAAUUUUAUGAAAUAAUUUCAAGAAAUCCCAAAUAGUAAUUGAUACAUGUGCAUCUAAAAAGUUUGGUGAAUGGAAGUAUAAAAAACAUACCUUUAUGACGUAAUUAUAAUUACCCUCAUUCAUGUAUAAUUACCCUCAAAAUAAGAUCAGUUAUCACAAUACACUUAAAAUCAUGAAUAAAGCUGUUUGAGACAGUCUGUGAAGACCUCCUUUGGUAUGGAUCAAAUCACGGAUAUCAUGCCUCAUCAAAGAGGGAUCAUGCUUAAAUCUUUGUGAUCAAUAUGGGAUCAUGCUUAAAUCUUUGUGAAUGACCUGCUUCCUAAUUCCUCCAAUUUCUAAUGGCCAUCUUGCAACAGCAAUGAUUGCAUCGGCUUGAAACUUUCUGUGGUCAUAUUUGUUAUUGAACCAAAAUUGGCACACCACUUGUGGUUUCUUCCUCUUCACGUUCGAAGAAGACGAUAUAAGAACCAGAUGUUUGCUGCUUACACAGAGUGUGUAGCGUUUUUAAAAAGUGCUUAAAAGUGCAUAUUUUCGAUUUUAAAAAGCCAUUAAAGGUGCUUUUUUCAUUGGGUGUUUUUAAAGAGGGCUUAAUUUUCCCUUUUCCAAAAUGAGAUUUUUUCCUUUACAAUGUUGAUUUUCACCACGAAUUAUGCAAAAAGACAUAAAUUUUCACAAUUAAUUCAACCCCAAUCUAUUUGUCGAUUCGUAGCGUAUGAUUCAAAAUUUCAUGAUUUUUGACAUUUGUCAAAAACUAUGCCAAAAGUUUUUUUUUUCUGACAUGACGGUUAAAAUCGUUAAAAGUCCUUACAAAUAUUUUUUAGUGCUUGAAAAGUGCUUAUUUUUUGUUAAAAAAUUCGGCUACACACCCUGUUACAGAAUCUGCCAACAUUUUUUAAGCCACUAUCUUAACAUUCUACAACAACAACACAACAGAAAUUACCAGCACUGUGUACAUUUCAUUGACUUUGAACUUAAUUUAUACCUAAUAAAAGUUUUUCUAACCCA